CAGGGGGGAAAGCAGCGUGUAUUUUUUUGGGUGCAAACCCCGGACUUUGCAAAACAAUCUCCGCCCCCGAGAGGAUAUUUAAUCUGCAACAGAGAUCGCUGCUCGCGGAGGCAAACUUGAGCCGGGGAAGGGGAGCAGGGAGCGGAGCAAGGGGACCCCCGCCCCGCUCCCGGCCCCGCCGGAGCCCGAACCCUGCAAGGGAAGAUGCGUCUCUCCCGGCAGCUGCUCCUGGGACAAGACUUUCGUCUGGACUGAUCGAGGCUGGACUUUUUAAGGACGAGCUUACCCAUCUAAGGGCGAUUUGGGCAUAAACAGCAACACAAACUCUGAUUUGGUGCUGGAAGCUGCCUCGGCCACUGAACAGCUGCUCUCGCCCUGCUUCUGUCCCUCCCCCGUCCUGUUCUCGAAAGAGGAUCCUGAGCUAUUUUGCCGUGGAUUUUUUUAAAUUUUUUUUUUAAUUGUUGUUGCAUGAAUUUUAUUUUAGGUGGUUGCCUUUUACGGCUGGCUUGUCUGUUUUGGGGUCUUGCAGACUGCACGCUGCAGUAGCAGCUCCACCGCCUCUCGUCAUGGCUAGCCCCACGGAUAAUAACGAGGGCUUCUUCUCAGAUGUCAGAAAGGUGGGUUACUUGCGCAAACCCAAGAGCAUGCAUAAACGAUUUUUCGUGCUGAGGGCAGCCAGUGAGUCUGGACCCGCCCGGCUGGAGUAUUACGAGAAUGAGAAGAAAUGGAGACACAAGUCAGGGGCCCCCAAGCGCUCUAUCCCACUAGAAAGCUGCUUCAACAUCAACAAACGGGCUGACUCCAAGAACAAGCACCUGGUGGCCCUCUACACCAAGGACGAGCACUUUGCCAUUGCAGCUGACAGCGAGCCUGAACAGGAGAGCUGGUACCAAGCGCUGCUGCAGUUGCACAACAGGGCCAAGGGCCACCACCACCUCCAUCACCAUCACCACCACCACCACAGCGAUGUCACCUUUGGAGGCAGCAGCGUGGGACUGGGGGAAGCAGGUGAGGACAGCUAUGGCGAGGUAGCCCCUGGCCCAGCUUUUAAGGAAGUUUGGCAAGUAAUUCUGAAGCCCAAGGGCCUAGGCCAGACAAAGAACCUGAUUGGCAUCUACCGCCUGUGCCUGACUAACAAGACCAUCAGCUUUGUGAAGCUGAAUUCAGAUGCGGCUGCUGUGGUGCUGCAGCUGCUCAAUAUCCGCCGCUGUGGUCACUCUGAGAACUUCUUCUUCAUUGAGGUGGGACGCUCAGCUGUCACUGGGCCCGGUGAGUUCUGGAUGCAAGUGGAUGACUCAGUGGUGGCGCAGAACAUGCAUGAAACUAUCCUGGAGGCCAUGCGAGCCAUGAGUGAGGAAUUCCGGCCCCGCAGCAAGAGCCAGUCCUCCUCAAACUGUUCCAACCCCAUCUCUGUGCCCCUUCGUAGCAGGCACCACGUCAACAACCCUCCACCUAGCCAAGUGGGCCUCAGUCGGCGGUCCAGGACCGAGAGCGUCACGGCCACUUCUCCUGCUGGUGGUGGAGGUACGGGUGGCAAACCCAGCUCUUUCCGGGUUAGAGCGUCGAGCGAUGGGGAAGGCACAAUGUCAAGACCUGCCUCUGUGGAUGGUAGCCCAGUUAGUCCCAGUGCUAACCGGACUCAUUCGCAUAGACACCGUGGCAACUCCAGGCUCCAUCCUCCACUCAACCACAGCCGGUCCAUCCCAAUGCCUUCCUCGCGCUGCUCUCCUUCAGCCACCAGUCCAGUCAGCCUGUCAUCCAGCAGCACGAGUGGCCACGGCUCCACCUCAGACUGCCUGUUUCCACGAAGGUCCAGUGCUUCGGUUUCCGGCUCCCCUAGCGAUGGUGGAUUUAUUUCUUCUGACGAGUACGGUUCCAGCCCAUGUGACUUUCGCAGCUCUUUCCGCAGUGUGACCCCCGAUUCUUUGGGACACACCCCACCAGCCCGGGGCGACGAAGACCUCAACUACAUCUGUAUGGGGGGGAAGGCCACCUCCUCUUGCUGCAGCUUGGCAGCCCCCAAUGGCCACUUCAUCCCACGCACCUGCCACCCACAGCAGCAGCCCCGCUAUCCUAGUACACCCUGCUGUCCUCGAGGUGGUAGCGAGGAGGUUGCCGACUUGGAGAAGGCAUUCAGGAAGCGGACUCACUCUGCAGGCACUUCGCCCACCAUCUCCCACCAGAAGACACCCUCACAGUCUUCAGUGGCCUCCAUUGAAGAGUACACGGAGAUGCUGCCUUCUUACCCCUGUGGCAGCAGCCGGCUGCCCUCCUACCGCCACUCAGCCUUUGUGCCCACUCACUCUUACCCAGAGGAGUGCCUGGAGAUGCACCACCUGGACAGUGGCCAUCAUCGGACCAACUCCGCCCCUCACACGGAUGAUGGCUACAUGCCCAUGUCACCGGGUGUAGCCCCUGUGCCCAGCGGUGGGGCGCCCCCCAAGGGUGGUGACUAUAUGCCCAUGAGCCCUAAAAGUGUGUCGGCUCCGCAGCAGAUCAUCAACCCUGGCAGGGGGGGCCGCCACCCUCCAGCCACCGUGGACUCCAACGGCUACAUGAUGAUGUCCCCCAGCGGCAGCUACUCCCCCGACAGCAGCUCUGCAGGAUACGGCAAGAUUUGGACAAACGGUGCCGGCCACCACCCGAAACUUUCGGUGGAGAGCAACGAAGGGAAGCUCCCCUGCGGCGGCAGCGACUACAUCAACAUGUCCCCAGCCAGCGGCUCCACCACCAGCACCCCGCCUGACUGCUACUUCGGGGGUGCGGGGCAGCCGGGCGUGGAGGAGGCGGCCACCGCAGCGCACCACAAACCCAUCUACUCCUACUUCUCGCUGCCGCGCUCCUUUAAGCACGUGCACCGGCGGGGCGGCGGCAGGGUGGCCGAGGAGGGCAGCCCCCAGCCCCGCAUCGCGCUCGGCUCCAGCCGCCUCCUCUACGCCGCCGAGGACUCGUCCUCGUCCACCAGCAGCGACAGCCUGGGCGGCGGCGGCGGCCCCGAGGGCGGCCCCCCCCCGCAAGCGCAGCCCCCGCGCAAGGUGGACACGGCCGUGCAGACCAAGGGCCGCCUGGCGCGGCCCACGCGGCUGUCGCUGGGCGGCCCCAAGGCCAGCACCCUGCCCCGGGCCCGCGAGCAGCCCCCGCUGCUGCUGCCGCCGGAGCCCAAGAGCCCGGGCGAGUACGUCAACAUCGAGUUCAUCGCGGGCGAGAAGCCGCCCUUCCCCUCGGGCGCCCUGGGCAUGGCCCUGCCGCCGCCGGGCGGCGAGGCGGCCGAGGAGUACAUGAACAUGGAGCCGGGCCCCCCGCGGGCUCCCUGCCCGCCCGGCUUCGCCGCGGCGCGGGCGGCCCGGCCCGGCCGGGACUACGUGGCGGUGCAGCGGGGGGGCACCGCGGCCGCCGGGGGCUCCUGCUCGGACUGCGCCGACAGCUCGUCCCCUGGCUCGCCCGCCCGCCCGCUCAGCUACGCCGAGGUGCGGGGGGGCCGCGCCGCCCCCGAGAAGCCCCCGCCGGCGGCGGCCACCGCGCCGUCCCCGGAGCUGCCGCGGCCGCCGGCCGAGCUGUCGGCGGCGCCGCCGCGCUCCUCCUCCCUGCUGGGGGGCCUGGGCGCGGGCAGCGCCUUCACCCGCGUCAGCCUCAGCCCCGGCCGCAACCAGAGCGCCAAGGUGAUCCGCGCCGACCCGCAGGGCGGCCGGCGGCGGCACAGCUCCGAGACCUUCUCGUCCACGCCGAGCGCCGCCCGCGGGGCGCCGGGCGGGCUCGGGGCGCCCUUCCCGUGCGGCGGCGCGGGGAGCACCGAGGAGGUGAAGCGGCACAGCUCGGCCUCCUUCGAGAACGUGUGGCUGCGGCCCGGCGCGGGGGAGGCGGCCGCCCGCAGGGAGCCGGGGGGCGCGCCCGCCCUGGAGAACGGGCUCAACUACAUCGACCUGGACUUGGUGAGGGACUGCGGCCACCGCCGCCACCACCACCCGCACGGCCCUGCCGAGGCGAAGCAGCCGCUGCCGCCCAAGCCCCCGGGGCAGCCGCGAGGGAGCGGCCACUGCGGCGAGGACCUGAGCGCGUACGCCAGCAUCAGCUUCCAGAAGCGGGAGGAGAUGUAGGAGCCGGGCGCCUGCCGGGGAAGAACGAUGACCUACACAACCUCAGCAAAUCCUCCUUUUUAAACUCAUGGGUAUCAAGACUAUAAAUGUUUCAUGCUAUCACAACUAGGACCUCACCUCCUCCUCCUCCUCCUCUUCCUCUGUAAAUGGGUACGAUGCAUCCAGUUCAGUUUGUUUACUUUACACAAUCCUCAGGAGUUGUUUGACUGAGCUGCACAUCCCGUGUUGUGCCAAGCAGAAGCACUGUGACACCUGGACAACGAGUCUCUCUUAUUCAUCCUCCACCAUAAAGGACUUAGCUGGCCACAUGAACUGAUGUGCCCACCACUGUGUCAUGGUGAGAAUGGGUAUUUUACUAGCACAUUUACACAACUUCAUUUGCUGCUGAAAACCUGUACGACAAAUCAUCAUUGUAAAUUAUUGCAUACAGAACUUAAAUGUCGGUUGAAGAGUAUUAAAUAUUUAACAUAGGUUUUGAUUUAUACAUGUACUUUUUUUAAUUAAAAUGUAACUUUUCCUACAGCACAUCUUUUUUUGAUGUGGAACUGAGGUAUACUAUAUUCUGUUGUAAACAGAGUGGGAAACCUGCUUAAAACAAGGCUUCUAAGAAUAGAGUAGGGUACUAUUCUUGUUUUAAGAUUGUAAUUCAGAAAAUAAUAUAAUAUGAGUCAUUGGUCCCUGGGCCUUGAUUGUACAGUCAUAUUUACUGAUACUAUCAGUUGUAAGAUAACCCUGAUGUUGAGUUGAAAUCUUUCCAAAAGAAAAAUAAUUUUGUACUCCUUGUAAGAUAAUAGUCUGUAUUAACUACGAUGAAGACAAACAUUACUGUACAUGGUAUUUACAAGUGUCAACUUGAAUUCAUCAAUUGCACAGGAACCGACAAAAAAAUCAGAAAAAAGAAAUCAAAGUCUUCCAUUGUAUAUAUUGUAAAGAUGAAAAACGAAAAAAAAAACCAACCAACAGAAAACCACAAAACAAAAUGAAAACGAAAAAGGGUGAACUUUUCAAAUUGACUCUUUCCCUGGAAUGAAAACGUGGGUGUUUGUAAAUUCUGGAAAUCUCUUUCUAUAUGUAAUAAACUAGAUACUGUUUUAUCUGC